GUAAUUACGUCAGCCUGUGGGCAUUUCCCUUUCAAGCCGGUGAGCAUGGCGGUUCCUGCAAGUGGAGCUUCAAGACGUUUGGUGCAGUAUGUAGUAGUCCGGUCGGAUCUGUUGCGCACUAUGGCAUGGCCUUUAGGGGCCGUCAUCACACAGUGCUGCCACGCAGCAACAGCGGCAAUUCACCUGAACUAUGACGAUCCAGAUACGCAGGAGUACUUGGCAGAGCUGGACACCAUGCACAAAGUCGUGCUGGAGGCUCCGGACGAGGCGUCUCUCACUAAUUUGUCGGAGACGCUGCGGGAGAAGGGGGUGGCUCACAAACUGUGGAUCGAGCAGCCCGAAAACAUACCUACCUGCCUGGCAUUAAAGCCCUAUCCCAAAGACGCGGUGCACACAUAUCUACGCAAAUUAAAACUCUUCAAAUGAAGUGGAAAGGACGGAAGGGCAGCUGUCAUUCACAUAUCCAGAAGGUAUCCUUAUGAAAGGGCAACGCAGCGUUAGUGCUCCGCUCUGGCCUCGCUGAUCUGAAACAUUUCUGGAUUUUUUAUAGAGGAAAAAGUGAAAUCAUGCACCUUUCUGAUGUCCUUCUUCCCAAGAAGCAACAGAUAUUGCGAUGCAGCGAUCUUUGCACAUUUAGUUCUGUGAUCCUUUAUAAUUUUUGGAGAAAGUGCAUCACUUCCGUAUUCUCACGGGGGGGGGGGGGGGUGAGAGAUUUUCGGAAAUGUAAGAUAAUAAACAGCCUCAAAUGUGUUUCUUGCAUGUAUUUUUCCAUGCAUGCUAAACAUAGAGGCAGUUUAAUAAGUGUUGGUUAUAAAAAUAUUUUUGUACUAUAUCUCAAAGUCCGCAGGUGGAGGUACAGUUUACUGUCUCAGGUUACAGGAAGCAUGAACUGGAUGUAGCAUUGAGGAAGAGAGGGGAUUUUAUGUUCGCAUAGGCCCGACUUGUAAAAUCUCCUGUACACUGUUCAGAUUUACUUAAUUUGUAAUUCAGUUCACAUGGAGCAAAUAGCUUUAUUUUUCAUAAAUAUAAAAAUCCCUUCAAAAUUG